GGACCCUGUCUCAGAGCUACACAGGAAGUUCCCAUCACCACACCAGCAGUUCGGGCGGAGCUCGUGGAGAGGAGACGACCCGGUUUAGUUCUGUCAGUGUUGAUGACAGUGUGGACAGUGGCCGUCCUUCUUCUCCCCCAUUUAUACAUGACAUGCCAGUGCUCCAGGAGGAUCAGUCUCAAGAGGAUGAAUCAGAUGAUGACUCGGGUGGAGUUGAUGAUGACGAGUUGCGAUUGGCAACAGGAUAUGAUGACAUGACCUUGUCAGUCCUGAAGGUCGUUUUCCCGCCAUUUUACUACUCCACCCAUGGGUUGUCACGGCCCUGUACCCCCACAGAGGAUGACAAACCGAGAUACUACCAGUUGGUAGACAAGGCUAUAGACUCCUACAUGGUCUCACCUGUAUCCAAGGAGACCAUCCAGGGUAUCUACAACUUUGUCCCGAAGGAGCUUCGUAUGUCUGUACCGGCCGCUUGUAAACACUUCCUCAAGGAGAUGGAUGAGGACAGGAAGUAUGCCAUAAAGAAAGCCAUUCUGGACUAUAUCCUGUUGGAUCAUAAAGAACAGGAGAGACUUGGUGUCUGGAUGCCAGAGAAA